AUGAUGGAAACCUACACCAAAGCAUACGACAAGUUCCAAACGCAGCUCCAAAACUUUGAAACGCUCAAGUUGGAAAUGGAGGAAUUUCUAAGUGACCUCGACCACAAGCUAACAGCAAAGCAGCAACUCGUAACGAAACAAGAACAGGAUUACAAAACGCAAGUAUUUGAACUUUCAAACCUACAAAAAGAUCUCAAAUCACAGCUAUCGUCACUCACAUCCAAAGGAGUAUCGAUGCUGCGGCGACAAACAGAAGAAAUGGCAAACUUGUCGUCCUUAAAAACCAAGAUCGAGUCGCUUGUAAACGAGCAAAUGCAGCUUUUGAAAACCAAGGCCAAAGUCGACGAUCUGGUGCAUCAGCUCCAGGACCAAAUUGCCCAGAGUAAAUUGGAAUUGGACCAGUCGAACGACGCACUCAAGGAUCAAAUGCGUAAUAACGGGUUGGAGUUAUCAAAGUGCGAGUUGUAUAGUGGCUUGAUUUUCACGCCCGUGGACGCGAGCAGGAUUCAGUUUAUUUUCACUUGUGUUGAUCCUGAGGACUGGUAUCGUGAGUUUCGGGUGGUUUUGAAUGUUCUAACACCUGAGGAAGGAGAAGAACAAGAAAAAAAAGAAGACGGUAAGGAAAAAGAUGCAGAAUCACGGGAGGAAGGUCUGGCGUGGACAACGCAGAUUAAAGUUGAGCAAUGUGAGCCCGAAUUACCUCAAGAUUUCAUUGAUUUGGAGUUGGAAAAUUUGCACAAGAAUGGCCAUUGGGGCAGGUUUUUAAAAGCUGUGAGGGGUAAGUUCACGGAGAUUGCUGCAGGUUAG